AUGGAUCCUGAACAAAGUGUCAAGGGCACCAAGAAGGCUGAGGGAAGUCCCCGGAAGCGGCUGACCAAAGGAGAGGCCAUUCAGACCAGUGUCUCAUCCAGCGCCCCGUACCCAGGCAGCAGCACCACUGCCACCCAAGAGGGCCCCUUCCAAGAGCUCCUAGCCCCACAGCCCUUCCCAGGCCCCUCAUCGGUUCUUAGGGAAGGCUCUCAGGAGAAAGCAGGCCAGCCACAGAAUCCCCCCAAGAGGUCCUCCAUCGAAGCCUCCGUCCACAUCUCGCAGAUUCCGCAGCACCCUCUGACACCAGCAUUCAUGUCGCCCGGCAAACCCGAGCAUCUCCUGGAGGGGUCCACGUGGCAGCUGGUUGACCCCAUGAGACCCGGGCCCUCAGGCUCUUUCGUGAGCCCUGGGCUCCAUCCUCAGAGCCAGCUCCUCCCUUCCCAUGCUUCCAUCAUUCCUCCCGAGGACCUGCCUGGCAUCCCCAAAGUCUUUGUGCCCCGUCCCUCGCAGGUCUCCUUGAAGCCCACAGAAGAGGCACACAAGAAGGAGAGGAAACCACAGAAGCCGGGCAAGUACAUAUGCCAAUACUGCAGCCGCCCCUGUGCCAAGCCCAGCGUGCUCCAGAAACACAUCCGCUCACACACGGGUGAGAGGCCCUACCCCUGUGGCCCCUGCGGCUUCUCCUUCAAGACCAAGAGUAACCUCUACAAGCACAGGAAGUCCCAUGCCCACCGCAUCAAAGCCGGCCUGGCCUCGGGAAUGGGCGGAGAGAUGUACCCCCCAGGGCUGGAGAUGGAGAGGAUCCCUGGGGAAGAGUUUGAGGAACCCACUGAGGGGGAAAGCACAGAUUCGGAAGAGGAAACGGGCGGCACGUCCACUCACCCCGCAGAGCUGUCGCCGAGGCCCAAGCACCCCCUCCUGUCCAGCGGUUUGUACAGCUCUGGGAGCCAGGGUUCCAGCCACGAACGCUGUUCCUUGUCCCAGUCCAGCUCAGCCCCGUCGCUCGAGGACCCUGCUCCCUUCGCAGAGGCCUCAUCCGAACACCCCCUGAGCCAUAAACCCGAAGACACCCACACGAUAAAGCAGAAGCUGGCCCUCCGCUUGAGCGAGAGGAGGAAGGUGAUCGACGAGCAGGCGUUCCUGAGCCCGGGCAGCAAAGGGAGCACGGAAUCUGGGUAUUUCUCACGCUCCGAGAGCGCCGAGCAGCAAGUCAGCCCCCCGAACACCAACGCCAGGUCCUACGCUGAGAUCAUCUUCGGCAAGUGCGGGCGGAUCGGGCAGCGGACCGCCGUGCUGACGGCCACCUCCACCCAGCCCCUCCUGCCCCUGCCCACCGACGACAAGCCCAGCCUGGUGCCUCUGUCUGUGCCCCGGACGCAGGUGAUCGAGCACAUCACCAAGCUCAUCACCAUCAACGAGGCCGUGGUGGACACCAGCGAGAUAGACAGCGUGAAGCCCAGGAGGAGCUCCCUGUCACGGCGGAGCAGCAUGGAGUCGCCCAAAUCCAGCCUCUACCGGGAGCCCCUGUCCUCCCACAGCGAGAAAACGAAGCCCGAACAAUCACUGCUGAGCCUCCAGCACCCGCCCAGCACCACCCCCCCUGUGCCUCUGCUGAGAAGCCACUCAAUGCCUUCUGCCACCUGCACCCUCAGUACCCCCCCACACACCUUCCGAGGCAGCUACUCCUUCGACGACCACGUCGCCGACUCGGAAGCCCUGAGCCGCAGCAGUCAACUGUUUACCUCCCACCCCCGGAUGCUCAAGCGUCAGCCGGCCAUCGAACUACCUUUGGGCGGGGAGUACAGUUCCGAGGAGGCGGGGCCGAGCGGCAAAGAGGCAGCCUCCAAACCCGCAGAUGAACCGGAACCCAGGGAAAGCGACCUCACCAAAAAGACCAAGAAGGGUUUGAAAACGAAAGGGGUGAUCUAUGAAUGUAACAUAUGUGGUGCUCGGUACAAGAAAAGGGACAACUACGAAGCGCAUAAAAAAUACUACUGCUCGGAGCUUCAGAUGGCAAAGCCCGUCACCGCAGGUGCUCACACGUCUCCGGAAGCCGAAAAGAGCCAGGCGGAGCACGAGCCCUGGUCCCAGAUGAUGCAUUACAAACUGGGGACCACCUUGGAGCUCACUCCACUGAGGAAGAGGAGGAAAGAGAAGAGCCUCGGGGACGAGGAGGAGCCACCCGCCUUUGAGUCCACAGAGAGUCAGUUCAGCAGCCCCGGGCCAUCGGAGGCUGCUCGGAACCUUCCCUUGGAAUCCACCAAGUCACCAGCAGAGCCGAGUAAGUCAGUGCCCUCCCUGGAGGGAUCUGCCAGCUUCCAGCCAAGGACUCCCAAGCCAGGGUCCAGUUCAGAAUCAGGGAAGGAGAGGAGAACCACGUCCAAAGAAAUUUCUGUCAUCCAGCACACCAGCUCCUUUGAGAAAUCCGACUCUCUGGAGCAGCCCAGCGGCUUGGAAGGGGAAGACAGGUCUGCGGCCCCGUUCUCAUCGCCCCCGCCCGCCCCGCAUGGACGCUCGGCUCACUCCCUGCAGCCCAGGUUGGUCCGUCAGCCCAACAUUCAGGUUCCUGAGAUCCUGGUGACCGAGGAGCCCAACCGUCCAGACACAGAGCCGGAGCCGCCCCCUAAGGAGCCCGAGAAGACGGAGGAGUUCCAGUGGCCCCAGCGCAGCCAGACACUUGCCCAGCUCCCAGCAGAGAAGCUGCCACCCAAGAAGAAGAGACUGCGCCUGGCGGAGAUGGCCCAGUCAUCCGGGGAGUCCAGCUUCGAGUCCUCCAUGCCUCUGUCUCGCAGCCCGAGCCAGGAGAGCGGUGUCUCUCUGAGCGGGUCCAGCCGCUCCGCCUCCUUCGAGAGGGACGACCACGGAAAAGCCGAGGCUGCCGGGCCCUCGUCCGACACACGCUCCAAAUCCUUGGGCACCCACAUGCUAACUGUCCCCAGCCACCACCCGCACACCCGCGAGAUGCGGAGGUCAGCCUCAGAGCAGAGCCCCAAUGUUUCCCACUCCACCCACAUGACCGAGACACGCAGCAAAUCCUUCGACUACGGCAGCUUGUCCUUGACAGGCCCUUCUGCACCAGCCCCAGCAGCUCCAGCGGCCCCAGCAGCCUCAGCAGCCCCAGCAGAGAGAAGAAAAUGCUUUUUGGUGAGACAGGCCUCUCUGAGCAGGCCUCCCGAAACCGAGCCAGAGGCCAUCCACAAGGGAAGACAGGAGAGUGAGGAACCAAAGCCCUCAUCCAGUAAAUCUUCGGCCAAAAGCCCAUUGCCCCCGAUUUCCUCUGCAGCCACCUCACACAGCGGGCACCCGGGAGGCAAGAGCCAGGUGCAGGACAGACCCGCGCUGGGGGCCACUCCACCCUACACAGAAGCACUGCAGGUGUUCCCCCACCCCAUUGCUCAGCUCCCCUUGCAGGAGAAGCCGUACCUGCCCCCGCCCGUCUCCCUUUUCUCCUUCCAGCACCUCCUCCAGCAUGAGCCAGGGCAGUCUUCAGAGUUCUUCUCCACCCAGGCCAUGUCCGGCCUGCUCCCCACACCGUACUCCACGCCCCCGCUUCCUCCCUCCUUAUUUCAAGCCCCGCCACUACCUCUCCAACCGACUGUUCUGCACCCGGGCCAACUCCACCUCCCCCAGCUCAUGCCUCACCCAGCCAACAUCCCCUUCCGGCAGCCCCCUUCGUUUCUCCCCAUGCCUUACCCUGGCUCCUCAGCACUUUCUUCUGGGUUUUUCCUGCCUCUGCAAUCCCAGUUCGCCCUUCAGCUCCCUGGUGAUGUGGAAAGCCAUGUACCCCAGAUCAAAACCAGCCUGGCCACACUGGCAACAGGAACCCCUGGCCUCUCCCCCAGCACAGAAUACAGCAGUGACAUCCAGCUGCCCCCCGUGGCUCUGCCAUCCAGCUGCUCAGCACCCACGUCAGCCCCUCCGCUGGCCCUCCCCGCCUGUCCAGACACCAUGGUGUCUCUGGUUGUGCCUGUCCGCAUCCAGACCAACAUGCCAUCCUAUGGGAGCGCUCCAGAGCCACAUUCCGGGGAGAUCCUGGUCACCCAGUCCCAGGGCAGCUCAGCAACUGUGGCUCCUCCCAAGUUUGAGGAGCCCUCAUGCAAGGAGACGACUGUGUGUGCGGCAGAUGUGUACGAGGUUGGGCCCAGACCGGCUGGGGUAAGCGAAGAGCAAAGCAGAGGUUUCCCGACUCCAUACCUGAGAGUGCCUGUGACAUUACCUGAAAGAAAAGGCACUUCCCUGUCAUCAGAGAGUGUCUUGAGCCUGGAGGGGAGUUCAUCAACAGUGGGGGGAAGCAAACGUGUCCUUUCACCAGCUGGCAGCCUUGAACUUACCAUGGAAACCCAGCAGCAAAAAAGAGUAAAGGAAGAGGAGGCUUCCAAGGCAGAUGAAAAACUCGAGCUGGUGAAACCGUGCAGUGUGGUGCUUAGCAGCACCGAGGAUAGCAGGAGACUAGAGAAGUCCCACUUGGGCAGCCAGGGCCAGGGCAGGAGGGAAGUAGAAACACUGUCCAGCCUGUCCUCAGAUCCAUCCGACCCAAAGGAAAUUCCUCCCCUUCCUCAGCCCUCAUUGCCCCGUGUGACAACCCCGGGCUCAGAGGCUAUGAAGGAAUAUGCCCAGCCGUCUGGUAAACCUCACCGAAGAGGGUUGCUCCCACUGAGUGUGAAGAAAGAAGAUUCCAAGGAACAACCUGACCUCCCUCCACUGGCACCUCUCAGCUCACAGCCUCUGUCAGAAACGUCCCCCAGGCCAGCCAAGUUGCAAGAAGGUACGGACUCAAAGAAGGUACUGCAGUUCCCCAGCCUCCACACGACCACUAAUGUCAGUUGGUGCUAUUUAAACUACAUUAAGCCAAAUCACAUCCAGCAUGCAGAUAGGAGGUCCUCUGUUUACGCUGGUUGGUGCAUAAGUUUGUACAACCCCAACCUUCCGGGGGUUUCCACUAAAGCUGCUUUGUCCCUCCUGAGGUCUAAGCAGAAGGUGAGCAAAGAGACAUACACCAUGGCCACAGCUCCGCAUCCUGAGACAGGAAGGCUUGUGCCAUCCAGCUCCCGCAAGCCCCGCAUGACAGAGGUUCGCCUCCCUUCGCUGGUUCCCCCGGAAGGCCAGAAAGAGAUAGCUGGAGUGGAGAAGGAAGAGGAGAGGCGAGGGAAGCCGGAGGAGGACGCUCCUGCCUCCAAGAGAGGGGAGCCGGCGAGGAUCAAAAUCUUCGAAGGAGGGUACAAAUCAAACGAAGAGUAUGUAUAUGUGCGAGGCCGCGGCCGAGGGAAAUAUGUUUGUGAGGAGUGUGGAAUUCGCUGCAAGAAGCCCAGCAUGCUGAAGAAACACAUCCGCACCCACACUGACGUCCGGCCCUAUGUGUGCAAGCACUGUCACUUUGCUUUUAAAACCAAAGGGAAUCUGACUAAGCAUAUGAAGUCGAAGGCCCACAGCAAAAAGUGCCAAGAGACGGGGGUGCUGGAGGAGCUGGAAGCCGAAGAAGGAACAAGCGAUGACCCGUUCCAGGACUCGGAAGGGCGAGAGGGCACAGAGGCGGUGGCGGAGCACCAGUUUUCAGACCUGGACGACUCGGACUCAGACUCGGACCUGGACGAAGAUGAGGAUGAAGACGAGGAAGAGAGCCAGGAUGAGCCAUCAGGACCGUCCUCGGAGGCACCCCCGCCCGGCCCGCCCGCCACGCUGCCGGCAGACUCCUCACCUGUUCAGGGCCCCCAGCCCCCAGAUGCCACCUCUGGCAACCAGGCCACCAGGAGCAGCCCAGUCUCAGAAGCCGAGCGCUUGGCAGCCGGCAGCUGCUUCAUGUCCAGCCAAAGCAUCCUGUGCCGCCCCCGGCUGGGACCGGCCCCACCGUGCCCCACGGAGAAGGACACAGGCUCGGCCCUGAGCUCCAAGGCCGUGUCCCCAAGGAGGCCAUGGUCCCCGAGCAAAGAAGCAGGCAGCCGCCCACCACUCGCCCCAAAACACUCACUAACCAAAAGCGACUCAUCUCCCCGGCAACAUUCACCUGCCCGAGAGCCACUGGCCUCGGCCCCGAGCCCACCUGGCCCCCAGACAGGCCCUCUCCCCCGUGGGUCUCUGAGACUCGAGCUGUCUCCUCUCACCCCCCACCCCCUGGGUAGGGAACUGCCCCCUGAAUGCGAGGGCGCCACAGACCCAGGCCCGCACAGACACUCGCCCACGAGGAGAUGGUCUCCAGGCCAGGCCGAGUCACCGCCACGGUCAGCGCUGCCAGGGAAGUGGGCCUUGGUGGGGCCGGGCAGCCCCUCAGCGGGCGAGCGCGGCCCAGGCUCAGGGCUGGCCCCAAGGGCUCUCUACCCACCCGCGCCUCUACCUCACAAGCUUCUCGGCAGAAGCCCAGCGGAGACCUGCACCUCCACGUGGCAGAAGGCCGAGUCGCCAAGUCCCUCCUGUUCACCUGGCCCUGCUCAUCCUCUCUUCUCCCGACCCUUCUCCACCCCCCAUGAAUUCCACGGCCACACCCCGGCCCGGACAGAGGAGAACAUCUUCAGCCACCUGCCUCUGCACUCCCAGCACUUGACCCGCGCCCCGUGCCCCCUGAUUCCCAUCGGCGGGAUCCAGAUGGUACAGGCCCGGCCGGGGGCCCACCCCACCCUGCUCCCCGGGCCCAGCACGGCCUGGGUCAGCGGCUUCUCAGGGGGUGGCAGCGACCUGACGGGGGCCCGGGAGGUCCAGGAGAGAGCCCGCUGGAGUCCCACUGAGAGCUCAUCGGCCUCCGUGUCCCCCGUGGCUAAGGUCUCCAAAUUCACACUCUCCUCGGAGCUGGAGGCCAGGGACUACCCCAAGGAGAGGGGCAGGACGAGCAGGGGCCUGGGCAGACCUCCUGACAGGGAGCCCCGCGCAGCCGAGGUGCCCGCAGAGCCCGUGCCCACGCACAGUCCCCGCACCCCACCCGAGGCCUCGCCCCGGCCACCCCAGGGCCGCCGGGCAGGGUCCCGGAGCCCCCGCCUGGAGUCACCGCGUGCGCUAGCCAACCCCUCGGCCUCUGCCACCCCGCCGCUGGACCGCAGCAGUUCCGUGGGCUGCCUGGCUGAGGCCUCCGCUCGCCUCCCAGCCCGGAGGAGGAACCUCUCCGGGGAACCCAGGACCAGUCAGGGCUCCCCCGAGGCCUCGGGAAGUGGGGGGCCCAGGGCACCCCCACACCAGCCCGAGGACCGGGGGCCCCGGAGCACUUAG